AUGACCGAAUCGCAGCCAACCACAGGCAGCGUCAACACCGCCACCACCUCGCGCUUUGGCGACUGGCCCGCCACCAAGGUGCGAAACACCUUCACCGGCUACUUUGAGGAGCGCGCGCAUACCUUUGUGCCUUCCUCCUCCACCAUCCCCUACGAUGACCCCACGCUUCUCUUCGCCAACGCCGGUAUGAACCAGUACAAGCCCAUCUUUCUCGGUAUCGCUGAUCCCAACUCGUCCUUCGGCUCCAUGAAGCGUGCCGUCAACUCGCAAAAGUGUAUCCGCGCCGGUGGCAAGCACAACGACCUCGACGAUGUCGGCAAGGACACCUACCACCACACCUUUUUCGAGAUGCUUGGCAACUGGUCCUUUGGCGACUACUUCAAGAAGGAGGCCAUCGAGAUGGCAUGGGAGCUGCUUACCAAGGUGUACGGCCUGCCUAAAGACCGUCUCUAUGUGACCUACUUCGAAGGCGAUGCGAAGCAAGGUCUCGAACCCGAUCUCGAAGCUCGCGAUCUUUGGCUCAAGGUCGGUGUCGAAGAGGACCACAUCCUCACCGGUGAUGCCAAGGACAACUUCUGGGAGAUGGGCGCCACCGGCCCUUGCGGUCCAUGCUCCGAGAUUCACUACGACAGGAUCGGCGGUCGCAACGCCGCCGACCUGGUGAACAAGGAUGACCCCAACGUCAUCGAGAUCUGGAACAACGUCUUCAUGCAGUUCAACCGCGAGGACGACGCCUCAUUGCGGCCCUUGCCCGCCAAGCACAUUGACACCGGUAUGGGCUUCGAGCGUCUCGUCUCAAUUCUCCAGGACAAGCCCUCCAACUACGACACAGACGUCUUCACUCCCAUCUUUGACAAGAUCCAGCAGCUCACUGGUGCCCGCGCCUACACGGGCAAGCUUGGCGCCGAAGAUAAGGACGGCAUCGACACCGCCUACCGCGUUGUUGCCGACCAUGUCCGUACCUUGACUUUCGCGAUUUCGGACGGCGGUGUGCCCGAUCGUGAUGGUCGUGGCUACGUUCUGCGACGUAUAUUGCGUCGUGGUACCCGUUAUGUCCGCAAGUACUUCCAGGUUCCCAUCGGCUCGUUCUUCUCGCAGCUCGUCCCUACGCUCGUCGACCAGAUGGGCCACUUCUUCCCCGAGAUCACCAAGAAGGUCGACGACGUCAAGGCGAUCCUCGACGAGGAGGAGGCUUCGUUCGCGCGCACCCUCGACCGCGGUGAGAAGCUCUUCGAGGAGUAUGCAGCCAAGGCCAAGGCGGACGGCAAGAAGGAGCUGAGCGGUAACGACGUCUGGAAGCUUUACGACACGUUUGGCUUCCCUGUCGACCUUACGCUCAUCAUGGCUGAAGAGCAGGGUCUCGGUGUCAACGAGAAGGAGUUCGAGGCUGCCCAGGCCGAGUCCAAGGAGCUUUCCAAGGCCGGUGGCAAGAAGAGCGAGAGCGAAGCCGUCAAGUUUGACGUCCACGACCUCGGCCAUCUCGAGAAGGACGCGUCGGUGCCCAAGACGCAGGACGAUUUCAAGUACGGCGUCAACACGGUCAAGGCCAGCGUCAAGGCCAUCUACCAGGACCACGCCUUCUUCCCCGAGACGACCAAAAUCGGCGAUCGUGCUAAGAACUUUGGUAUCCUGCUUGACCGCACCUGCCUCUAUGCAGAGAGUGGUGGCCAGCAGGCCGACACGGGUUCGAUCGUGAUCGACGGCAAGACCGAAUUCGUUGUUGAGGAUGCUCAGGUAUUUUCCGGAUAUGUCCUGCACAUUGGCCACCUCAAGCGCGGUGAGCUGGCACUCAACGACGAGGUGGUGGUCUCGUACGAUCAGAGCCGACGUGGACCGCUGCAGUCGAACCACACUGCUACGCACAUUCUCAACUUUGGUCUGCGCGAGGUGUUGGGUGACCACGUUGACCAGAAGGGCUCGCUCGUGGCGCCAACCAAGCUGCGCUUCGACUUUUCGCACAAACAGGGCGUCAACGUGCAGGAGCUCAAGAAGAUCGAGGAUAUCUCGAUCGACUGGAUCAAGCGCGACGUCGGCGUCUACUCGAAGGAGAUGCCGCUGGACAUUGCGCAGAAGAUCCCCGGUCUGCGCGCCGUGUUCGGUGAGGCCUACCCGAACCCUGUGCGUGUCGUUACGCUCGAGUACGACCUCGACACGAUCGCCUCGGACCUGGAGAACACCAAGUGGCGCGGCACCUCGGUGGAGUUCUGCGGUGGAACUCACGUCGCCAAAACGGGCGACAUCCGGGAGUUUGUCAUCACCGAAGAGUCCGGUAUUGCCAAGGGCAUUCGACGUAUCAUUGCUGUGACUGGCGACGAGGCCGCGAGCGUCACCAAAGUGGCAAAUGACGCCGAGGCGCGUUUGGGCGAGAUCGACGCACUCAGCGAGCAGAGUGCCAAGGAUGCGGCGCUCAAGGCCUUCGGCACACAGCUGGCUCAGCUCGACAUCAGCGUCGUGCGCAAGGCGGCGCUCAACGAGAAAUUCUCGGCUAUCCGCAAGAAGCUCGACACCGGCCUCAAGGCCAAAGACAAAGCCGACACCAAGCUCGUUGUUUCUGCGGUGGAGGAGCACUUCAAACCGCCAUGA